AAAGAAGAGCUUAUUGCGACGUUGUGACCUCAUGACGGAUGUACGUGCGCGUGCUUUACGCUCGUGUAGUGUAUCGAUUAGCUCUCGAUUAAGAAAAGGAAAAGGGGCAAGUAGCGCAUGGUUGGGAUGUUUAUCGUUUUUAGCUUCGUGUUUGUUGUUUUAUAAAAUCGUUUCUUUGCUAUUGGUUUUGUAGAGGACUCGGUAAGAGAAAAGAAAAAAGAGCGCAAACCUUACGCGUGGUUUUCGUGCUUGCUUUACGGGUCUGUCGUGCCGCGUUAGAGUUGCGGCCUGCAGAUCGGUUGUCUGAAAAAUGUAUUCGUCUUGGGGCCGUUACGGCAGUGGCGGCUAUAACCCUCCUCCUCCUGCGGCUACUUCUCCUGCAACUUCUCAGCCACAGUAUGGAGGAUCAUAUGGCUCAAGUGGUACCACUGGAACUUCGACGACGAACUUUACUACAGGGACUUAUUCUUCUUCGGCGCCUGCUGGUGGCGGCGUCACAUCGGCCUCUUCGUCUACAUCUUCGCCGAGUACUUCAGGCUCGCUGUUUGAGAGUAUUCGGGAGCAGCACGAGAAGCAGAUGCAGCAACUUCAGCAGAUGCACCAGAAACAGAUGAAGUCUGUAUUAACGCAUGGUCAUUUUGAUGGUUCUCAGCGUGAUGCGAAGUCUGGGGACGGAACGAGAACAGAAGUGGACUCUGCUGUUACCGGUGGAGGAUCUGGUUACGGAAGCAGUGAAGUAGGCUAUGGCAAUAAUGAUCCAACGUAUGGCAGCUCUAGUAGUGCUGGGUAUAGUAAUACUGGGACUUCUGGUUAUGGCAGCACAGGAGCAUCUGGGACCCCCGGGUAUGGCAGCACAGGAGCAUCUGGGACCCCCGGGUAUGGCAGUACAGGAGCAUCUGGGACCCCCGGGUAUGGCAGCACAGGGACUUCAGGAGCCCCCGGGUAUGGCAGCACAGGGACUUCAGGAGCCCCCGGGUAUGGCAGCACAGGGACUUCAGGAGCCCCCGGGUAUGGCAGCACAGGGACUUCAGGAGCCCCCGGAUAUGGCAGCACAGGGACUUCAGGAACCCCCGGAUAUGGCAGCACAGGGACUUCAGGAGCCCCCGGAUAUGGCAGCACAGGGACUUCAGGAGCCCCCGGAUAUGGUAGCGCAGGGACUUCAGGAGCCCCCGGGUAUGGCAGCGCAGGAGCAUCUGGAGCCCCCGGGUAUGGCAGCGCGGGAGCAUCUGGAGCCCCCGGGUAUGGCAGCGCGGGAGCAUCUGGGACCCCCGGGUAUGGCAGCGCGGGAGCAUCUGGGACCCCCGGGUAUGGCAGCGCGGGACCUUCAGGCACCCCCGGCUAUGGCAGCUCAGGGACUUCAGGCACCCCCGGCUAUGGCAGCUCAGGGACUUCAGGCACCCCCGGCUAUGGCAGCUCAGGGACUUCAGGCACCCCCGGCUAUGGCAGCGCAGGGACUUCAGGCACCCCCGGCUAUGGCAGCGCAGGGACAUCUGGCACCCCCGGCUAUGGCAGCGCAGGGACAUCUGGCACCCCCGGCUAUGGCAGCGCAGGGACAUCUGGCACCCCCGGCUAUGGCAGCGCAGGGACAUCUGGCACCCCCGGCUAUGGCAGUACCGGAACAGCCGUCUAUGGCAGCACCGGAACCUCUGGAGCGGCCGCCUAUGGCAGCACCGGAACCUCUGGAGCGGCCGCCUAUGGCAGCACCGGAACCCCUGGAGCGGCUGCCUAUGGCAGCACCGGAACCUCUGGAGCGGCCGCCUAUGGCAGUACGGAGACCUCGGUGACCCCCACCUAUGGCAGUACCGGAACAUCUGGAACAACUGCCUAUGGCAGUACCAUAACAUCUGGAACUCCCUCCUAUGGCAGUACGGGGACCUCAGUGACCCCAGCCUAUGGUAGUACCGUAACAUCUGGAACGGCCACAUAUGGCAGUACUGUAACAUCUGGAACGGCUGCCUAUGGCAGUACAGGGACCUCAGUGACUCCCACCUAUGGCACUACAGGAGCAUCUGUGACCUCUGUCUAUGGAGCCUCCGGGGCCCCUGCCUAUGACACCACAGGAACAGUAGGGACUCCUGCCUAUGUCAUCAGCAGUACCGCUGCUGCUCCCCCUGGUUAUGGCACUAGUGGUACUGCUGCUCCUGCCACUGCUCCCCCGGGGUACGGAACUGGUAGUACUGCUGUUGCUCCCCCGGGGUAUGGCACUGGUGGCACUGCUGUUGCCCCCCCAGGGUAUGGCACUAAUGACACCACCACUGCACCCCCUGGAUAUGGCACUAGUGAUGUUGCUGCUGCUCCCUCUGGGUAUGGUUCUGCUGGAACCGCUAGUGCUCCCCCUGGGUAUAGCACUACUGCUGCUCCCCCUGUGUAUGGUACUGCUGGGGCUGCCCCUCCUCCUCCUGGGUAUAGCGCUGCUGCCCCUCCUCCUCCUGGGUAUAGCGCUGCUGCCCCUCCUCCUCCUGGGUAUAGCGCUGCUGCCCCUCCUCCUCCUGGGUAUAGCGCCGCUGCCCCGCCUGGCUAUGACACUGCUGCCACUGCUCCUCCUGGGUAUGCCAGUACUGCAGUUUCAGGAUAUGGUAGCAGUGGUACUUCUGGUUAUGAUAGUACUGGAACAACAGGAUAUGGCAGUACUGCAUACUCUGCAUAUGAUGCCACUGGAGCCUCUGUGGCCUCAGGGUAUGAUGUUGCUGGGGCUUCUGUGACUUCAGGAUACAGUAGCACUGCUACAUCUGGAACUGCAGGGUAUGACAGCACCACUGGUUCUACCACUGUUGCAUAUGAUAGCACAGGGGCCUCUGCAGCUGUUGGGUAUGACAGCACAGGGACUAGUGGAUAUGGCAGCACUGUUGCUUCUGGAACUGUUGCGUAUGACAGUACUGGUGCAGCUAGUUAUGGUAGCACUGGAACCACAGCAUAUGGAAGCACUGCAGCCUCUGUGACUCCAGGGUAUGUAGGAACUGCAGCCUCAGGGACCCCAACAUAUGGUGUUGCUACAGUGGCUUCUGCAUAUGGUGGUACAGUAGCAUCUGGGACAUCGGCUUAUACUGGCACUGUAGCUUCUGAUGCUUCUGGUUAUGGGGGCACUGCGGCUUCUGAGACUUCUGGGUAUGGUAGUGCCACUGCUUCUGAGACAUCUGGGUAUGGCACCACUACAGCGUCCGAAUCCUCUGGAUAUGGCACCACUGCUGUGUCUAGCUAUAGCACAGCUGCAGUUUCUGGGUAUGGUGCUACUUCAUCUGCUGGUUACAGUACAACUGUGGCUUCUGGUUAUAGCACUACUGUAGCAUCUGGGUACGAUGCUACUGCAGCUUCUGCCUAUGGUACUGCUGGGACCGCUGCAUAUGAUAGCACAGCAGCUUCUGCAUAUGACAGCUCUGUGUAUGGCAGUGUGGCAGUGUCUGCCUAUGGCAGUACCGCAACUUCUGCGUAUGGCAGCACCACAGCUGCUGCAUAUGGUACUGCUGCAGCUUCUGUUUAUGGUAGCACAGUGGCUUCUGGUUAUGGUAGUGAUUCGUAUGGGUAUGUUAGUAUGCCACCAGUUUAUGGUGGUGCACCACCUAGCUAUGCCAGCAUUCCCCCUCCUGGCUAUACCAGCAUUCCCCCUCCAGGCUAUGCCAGCGUUCCCCCUCCAGGCUAUGCAAGCGUUGCUCCACCUAGCAUUCCACCUCCGGGUUAUGCCAGCAUUCCACCUCCGGGUUAUGCCAGCAUUCCUCCUCCAGGCUAUGCUAGUGUUCCACCACCUGGUUAUGAGAGCGUUCCACCUCCAGGUUACAGCAGUAGUGCUACAGAAUAUGGUAGUAGUGAACCUGUUGUUAACAGUACUGAACCAGUAGUUAGUGGGAAAACCGGUACCGAUUCUAGUACUGCAGUCAAGGCUGUGUCUGGGAGUGGAGCUGAAGUUGGUAUAGCUGAAAUAGAAGAUGUGACUAUGUCUGAAGCUGCGACUGAAGCUGGGAUAAGUACUGUUGGUGAGGUCAAAGGUAAGGUUGAAGCUGGAGCUGAGAAAGGACACGGGACUGAUGGCAUGACUGCGACUGGCAAUGGAAACAUGUCUGCUGUUUGGAAGGGCACUCAGACGAGUGGAGCUGUGUCAGCUUGGGAACCAGAAUCUGGGGUGGGGGCUGUAGCACCUUCUGGAGUUGGAUCAGAUGGUGACAGUAUUCCUGGGCUUGGUUUUGAUUCUGGAACUGCAAGUAAAACAGGUUCUUUGUUUGGAGUUGGGAGUUGGUCUGGUUCAUCAGCUGGUCCUGGGGAAAGUGGAGUGUCUUCCUUUGGUAGUGGAUCCCAGACUGGAGUUAGUGCUGCUUCUGGUAGUACCACAGGUUCUGUAACAACAGAUGGGGUUCAGUUUGGAACAGUGGUAGAAUCCAAAACUGUGGCUGGGGUAAUUGCUUACCAGCAACAAGGGAGUGCCAUUUCUGAAGGUAGCUAUAGUGCAAAGCCAGAGUCUGGAAAUAACUCUGGUGAUAAGGCUGCUGACAGCUACAGUCUACAGUUGAGCAGUAGCUAUAGCAGCCAGUCGCAAACAAGUGAUUUUGAACAGAAACAGACUGAUACUUAUAACAGUUAUAGCAAUGCGAGUGCUUAUGGUGCUAGUUUUAGUUAUGGUGGUCAGUCUGAGAGUACUGGUGGCUACGUUGAUCAAAACAGUAGCUAUUAUGGGCAGCAGACCAAUAGUAGUAGUGCACAGCAGUCAACUCCUAGUACACAGGGAGAGCAGGUUGGUACUUCAUAUGAUAGUCAGAAGAGCAUCAGUGUAGAACAAGGCAGCAGUGAUUCUGGUGGGCAAAAACAAAUCAGCAUUAGUUAUGGAGAUCAGUCUACUCCUAGCAGUGGAGAGCAGUCACAGCAAGUUGGCAGUAGUUAUGGCGAUAAGCAGGCUAAUUCCAGUUAUGCUGCUCAACAGCAGGCCCCCACUAGUUAUGAUGAGAAGCAAAGCACUGCAACUUAUAGUGAUGUGCAGCAGCAAACCAGCAGCUCUAGUGGGGACCAGUCUACUGCCAGUACUCCUUCGGAGCAGCAGGUGUCUACUGAUUAUAGUUCUCAGAGCACAUAUGAUGUGUGUGGUAGUCAGCAGGCAGGCAGUACUUAUGGAGAGCAGUCAGCCAGCAUCGGGCAGUCAAAUCAAACUCCACUGGACACCAGCCACAGUGAAGUGCAACAGAAGAGUGUUUCUGGGGAACCUCUGCAGGUCAGUAAUGGUAGCAUCACGCCUACAACAACAAGCAGUACUACCAGCAGCCAGCCAGAGCCUGAUCCAUCUACAAUGUCUUUACAGGAGCCAUCUGUGAAACCGCCAGAUGAUCCCGAAGAACAGGCACGGCUGAUGCACCUGCAGGCUGCUGCAGCACAGUGGCAACAGCAACGUGCUGGCUAUCAGUAUCAGUUACUAAUGCAACAACAUGGCCAGCUUCAGCAGCUUCUUCAGCGAUACCAGCAGAUCGUAUUGCAGCCACCACAUUUAGAGACCAUGUCUGUAGACAUACAGCUGAGACAUUUUGAGAUGGCACAGCAGCAGUUCCUGCCUCUCCAUCAGCAGUGGGAGCGCCAGUUUCAACUUUGGCUUGACCAGUUUCAGACAUACCCUCAUAAGGACCAACUGCAGGAGUAUGAAAAGCAGUGGAAACAGUGGAAGGAGCAGAUAACUGCCACUAAAGCUUAUCUACAAGAAAGAGUAGACACACUUCGUACAGCACAGCAUCAGUAUGUGAGUAACCAGUACACAGCAAACGUGCCUCCAGUUCCUCCUCCGUAUAUUCCUUUCUUGCAGCCUCCUUUGCCCGGAAUUGCCAUGCCACCUGUUGCUCCUCCUCCUUUGCCUCCUGUACCUCCAGUGCCUCCCUUGAAUGAACCUCCACCACCUCCACUACCUCCUAAACCCCAGGAAGCAUCAGUUUCAGCUGGUACUUUGGAACAUGACAAAAGUUUACCUGCGCAGCAAGGGUCUGUUAGCAGUGGCUUCUUUGAACAAGGUAGCAUGGAUUCUUUUGAUAAGAGGGCUACAGUUUUGCCUCCUGUUGCUUCAAGUGCUACAGAGAGCUACACAACAUCACCUUCCUUGAGCAGUGCAAGUAUGAGACCUUCUGCAGAUGUUAACUUGGAUGGCACAGGAGUGCAAACUAUACCAGAGACUUCUAUGGGCUAUUCUGGCUUAAGGCCCACAGAAGAGCCAGUUUUCAACAGUUCUGCAAAGGGGAGUAAUACUGAACCACCUGUGGGUUUUCCAGAGAUGAAACAAACGCCGGAGUCUGUUGUUGGUGCAGGAAUACGACAUGGAAGUGUUCCACCAGUAGGUUUUGGUGAAAUGAAACCCCCUUUAGAAUCACCUGUAGGCAAUACAGGGUUGAGGCAAGAAAGAGUGUCACCCAUUAUCUCUGCUGAAACUGGACUUAUUCCAGGUGUGUCCGUAGGCAAUACAGGAGUGAGUCAUGGACCUGAACCUCCCAGGGGCUAUUCUGAAGUAAAGCAUACUCCAGAACUUGCCGUGAACUCUUCAGGAAGCAAACCUGGCCCUGAACCUCCAUUAGGAUAUCCUGAAAUGAGACCUGCUCCAGAACCACCUGUAGGCAGCACAGCAGUUGGGCGUGGUCCAGAACCCCCACUGGGGUUUUCUGACAUGAGAGGUACACCAGAACAGACCAUAAAUGUUGGAGGAAUAAGACGUGGUCCAGAACCCCCAUUCGUUUUUUCUGAAAUGAGGAAUUCUUCAGAACCACCAGUGGGUAGUUUUGGAAUGAGGCAUGGUCCAGAUCUUUCUUCAGACUAUAAGAGACACAUUUCAGAACCACCCAUGAGCUAUCCUGAUAGGAGACCUACACCAGAACCACAAAUGGGCAUGAGACGUGGUCCAGAAACCCCCCUUGGAUUUUCUGAUAGGCAACAUACUCCAGAGCCAGGUAUGGGCAGUGCAGGAAUGAGGCGUGGCCCAGAGCCUUCCAUGGGUUAUUCUGAUAGGCAGCAUACACCAGAUUCCAGUAUGGGUAGUGUAGGAAUGAAGCAUGGUCCAGAGCCUCACAUGGGUUUUUCUGAUAGGCAACAUACUCCAGAACCGGCCAUGGGCAGUAGUGGCAUUAGACGUGGACCCGAACCUUACAGGGGGUUUUCUGACAGACAUCACACUCCCGAGCCUCCCAUGGGCAGUGGUAUGAGACAUGGCCCAGAACCUCCCAGAGCCUUUUCUGAUAGGCAGCAUACUCCAGAGCCCACCAUGGACAAUACAGGGAUGAGACGUGGUCCUGAUCCCCCUUGGGCAUUCUCUGAUAGACAACAUACUCCAGAGCCAGCUGUGGGUGGAGCAGGUAUGAGACGUGGUUCAGAACCUCCCAGGGGCUAUCCUGAUAGACAGCGUAGUCCAGAACCAGGCAUGGGUGGUCCAGGAAUGAGACAUGGCCUUGAACCUACAAGAGGUUUUCCUGAUAGACAGCAUAGUCCAGAGCCAGGCAUGGGUGGUCCUGGAAUGAGACAUGGUCCUGAACCUGCAAGAGGUUUUCCUGAUAGACCGCAUACUCCAGAGCCAAUGAUGGGUGGUCCAGGAAUGAGACGUGGUCCAGAACCUCCCAGGGGCUUUUCUGAUAGGCAGCAUACUCCAGAGCCACCAGUGGGUGGUCCAGGAAUGAGACGUGGUCCAGAACCUCACUUGGACUUUUCAGAUAGAAGACAUGGGCCAGAACCAGGAGUGGGUGGUUCAGAUAGAAGACAUGGGCCAGAACCAGGAAUGGGUGGUUCAGAUAGACGACAUGGGCCAGAACCAGGAAUGGGUGGUUCAGAUAGAAGACAUGGGCCAGAACCAGGAAUGGGUGGUCCAGGAAUGAGACAUGGGCCAGAACCAGGAAUGGGUGGUCCGGGAAUGAGACAUGGGCCCGAACCAGGAAUGGGUGGUCCGGGAAUGAGACAUGGGCCAGAGCCAGGAAUGGGUGGUCCUGGAAUGAGACAUGGGCCAGAGCCAGGAAUGGGUGGUCCGGGAAUGAGACAUGGGCCAGAACCACCAAUGGGUAGUACAGGAAUGAGACAUGGUCCUGAACCUCCUAUGGGCUUUCCUGAUAGGCGACGUUCUCCAGAACCAUUUAUGAGUGGUCCAGGAAUGAGACAUGGGCCAGAACCUUCUAUGGGUUUUCCUGAUAGGCGACGUUCUCCAGAACCAUUUAUGGGUGGACCAGGAAUGAGACAUGGGCCAGAACCUCCUAUGGGCUUUCCUGAUAGGCGACGUUCUCCAGAACCAUUUAUGGGUGGUCCAGGAAUGAGGCAUGGUCCAGAACCUACCAUGGGCUUUUCUGAUGGGCGACGUUCUCCAGAGCCCUUUAUGGGUGGUCCGGGAAUGAGGCAUGGUCCAGACCCUCCUAUAGGCCGUCCUGGAAUGAGACAUGGUCCAGAAUCUUCCUUGGGCUUUCCUGAUAGGCGGCGUUCUCCAGAGCCAUUCAUGGGUGGUCCGGGAAUGAGACAUGGUCCAGAACAACCUCCUAUAGGCUUUUCUGAUAGACGGCGUUCUCCAGAGCCUUUUGUGGGUGGUCCAGGAAUAAGACGUGGUCCAGAGCCUCCCAUGGGUUUUUCUGAUAGGCGACAAUCUCCAGAGCCUUUUAUGGGUGGUCCAGGAAUGAGACGUUGCCCUGAUCCACCUAUGGGUUUCCCUGAUAGGCGACGUUCUCCAGAACCAUUUAUGGGUGGUCAGGGAAUGAGACAUGGUCCGGAACCUCCUAUGAGCUUUUCUGAUAGGCGACGUUCUCCUGAACCUUUCAUGGGUGGCCCGGGAAUGAGACAUGGUCCAGAACCACCCAUGGGCUUUUCUGAUAGGAGACGUUCUCCUGAGCCUUUCAUGGGUGGUCCAGGAAUGAGACAUGGUCCCGAACCUCCUAUGGGCUUUCCUGAUAGGCGGCGUUCUCCAGAGCCAUUCAUGGGUGGUCCAGGAAUGAGGCAUGGUCCGGAACCUCUUAUGGGCUUUCAAGAUAGAAGGCGCACUCCAGAACCUCCCAUGGGUGGUCCAGGAAUGAGACAUGGCCCAGAGCCAGUUAGGGGCUUUCAGGAUAGGAGACUAACCCCAGAUCCAGUAGUAGGCAAUACAGGAAUUAGGCAUGGAUCAGAACCUUCUAUGGGUUUUCCUGAUAGGAGACAUACUCCAGAGCCAGCCAUGGGUGCUUCAGGUAUGAGACGUUCCUCUGAAACAGGCAUGCGUAAUGCAGGAAUGAGACAUGAUGUAGAACUGCCUUUGGAUGAUCCAGGUAUGAGACACCCUAUAGAACCACCUCUUGGUAGUUCUGAUUUAAGACCCAAUAAAGAACCAUUAAGCGGUCCAGGAGCAAGGUAUGCCUCAGAGCCACUGCUUGGCAGUUCAGAAAGGAAACGUAAUGCAGAGCCAAUGAUUGGUAACAGAGGAAUGAGAGAUGCCUCUGACACAUCCAUGGAGUAUGGAAGGAGAAGUUUACUGCCACCACCUGAUCCUGACAAAAAUAGUCCUGGUGAACUAACUUCGGGUUAUAGUGGAAUGAAACAUGCAGGAGAAACGGCCAUGAGUGGUAGAGGAAUGAAACAUUCUGCAGAACCUCCUGCUGACUUUGGACGAAGAAGCUUAUUACAGCCACCAGAACAAGUCAGAGGUGGUAUUGGAAACAGAGGUCUUUUGCCAACUCCAGAGCUAGCCAAAACCACUGCAGGACCUCGGCCUCUCUUAGCAUCUGAAACUGACCUAGAUAAAGGAUUGAGGCCUCUGAUGUCACCCCAGCCAUUGAUGAGCAGUUCAGGAAUUAAACCUCUUAUGUCUGAAUCACACGUGGGUGGUAUAGGUAAUAAAGCUCUCUUACCAUUCUCUGAUUCUGCUAAAGGCAACACAGGAUUUCGUUCCCUUGUGCCUCCGGAACCAUUGUUGGGCAGUUCAGGACCUAAGCCUCUAUUACCAGAACAAGAAGUGGGUCGUCCAGGACCUAAACCUCUCCUGCCUGAACUAGAAGUGGGUCGUCCUUCAUUUGAGAGUCAAAGAAUAUCAAGAUUUGAUGAACGUUGGGGGAAAGCAUCUGCCAGAAACGAUAGUCAGUCAAGAUUUGAAGGUCAUGGAUCAAGAGGACCCAAGAAUGAUUCUCAGCAGGUUGAAGGAACAAGAACAAAAUCUGAGGAAUAUACUCAGGGACCUGAUGAAUAUGUUCGCACUUCUGGGUUAAAAGGCACCCAGUUUGAUGUUCCCUCAGGAUCAAGAGAUAGGUUCAACAGAUCACCACCACCAUCUUCUCGAGCAUCAGGAUCCCGUCCUGGAGGACUAUCAUGGAAGGGGCCAUCUGGUCACUCUGAGGAUGUUGAAGGUCAGUUGCAGCAGUUCAUGGAGAAAAAUAAUGCUCCUGAGCUUCAGGAUAAUCGAGAAGCAGAAGAGAAAACAUUCCCGACAAAGUCUGGUUCUGCUUUUCUGAGUAAUGCUUCUGUUCGAGGUUCACGCUCAGCUUCUGGAUCUGAUUCUUCUCCAGCAGCACUUGCAGGUCGAGGGCAACCACCAGGUUUUACAAGUCGAGGCCAGUCGCCAGGGAGAGGGCAGACUCCUGCUACAUCUGCUAAGGGUACUUCAGCAGCUUCUGCUAAAGAUGCGCCAUCAGCUACUUCUGCUGCAGGUGUUCCUCUGUCUUCUCCACUGACUACUUCUGGUGCAAGUUUUCAAAGUUCAACGGUGACAACUAGCAGAGGGGUGGUCCCUGUAAAAGGUGCAGCUCCACUUAAGGGGAGAGGUGUGGUGCCAACUACAUCUGAGACUGCAACAUCUGUGCCCCCAUUGAUGACUACUGCUGCUUCUAAAGAAACUUCAGUUACAACAACAGUUACAACUUCACAAGCAGCAGUUUCUUCUCAGUCUAAAGCAGCUACCACCACUACAGCAGUGAAAACCACCUCUAGUACUGUGACUGUGGCCAAGGCAUCUACCACUUCUGCAGUGAAGGCAGUGAAGCCAGGCAGUGGCACCACCGCUACUGCUGCUGCAUCAGCCAAGCCAGGCACUACCCCUGCAGCUGCUUCACCAGCUAAGCCAGGGACUACCACCACAACCUCCACUAAGUCAGCCAACACCACUACUGUGUCUCCUGCUAAGCCUGUCACUUCCUCUGCAGCUGCUUCAGUUAAGCCAGUAACCACUGCCACCUUAUCUUCUUCCAAGCCAACUACUACUACCACAGGUGCUACUCCAGUCAAGCCAGCUACCACCACCACGUCUGCUGCAGCCAAGUCGGCUACUACCAUGUCUGCUGCAGCUAAGCCGGCUACUACCACCUCCACGACGUCUGCUGCAGCUAAACCGGCUACUACCAGCACAUCUGCUUCAGCCAAGCCAGUUACUACCACCACCACUUCUACUUCAGCCAAGCCGGCUGCCACCACCACCUCGUCUGCUUCAGCCAAGCCGGCUACCACCACCACCAUGUCUGCUUCAGCCAAGCCAGCUACCACCACUACCACCUCAUCUGCUUCAUCCAAGCCGGCUAUCACCACUUCAUCUUCAGCCAAGCCGGCUACCACCACCACCACCACCACCUCAUCUGCUUCAGCCAAGCCAGCUACCACCACCAGCUCUUCUGUUUCAGCGAAGCCGGCUACAACCACAUCCACCUCGCCUGCUUCAGCCAAGCCGGCUACCACCACCACCUCGCCUGCUUCAGCCAAGCCGGCUACCACCACCACGUCUACUUCAGCCAAGCCGGCUACCACCACCACCUCGCUUGCUUCAGCCAAGCCGGCUACCACCACCACGUCUACUUCAGCCAAGCUGGCUACCACCACCACAUCUGCAGCCAAGCCAACCACUACAGCAACUAAGGCAAUCACCACGUCUGCUGCAGCCAAGCCAACCGCCACCACCACCACCACGUCUGCUGCAGCCAAGCCAGCCGCCACCACCACCGUGUCUGCUGCAGCCAAGCCAGCCGCCACCACCACCACGUCUGCUGCAGCCAAGCCAGCCGCCACCACCACCACGUCUGCUGCAGCCAAGCCAGGCGCCACCACCACCACGUCUGCUGCAGCCAAGCCAGGCGCCGCCACCACCACCACGUCUGCUGCAGCCAAGCCAGGCGCCGCCACCACCACCACGUCUGCUGCAGCCAAGCCAGGCGCCGCCACCACCAUGUCUGCUGCAGCCAAGCCAGGCGCCGCCACCACCACGUCUGCUGCAGCCAAGCCAGGCGCCUCCACCACCACCACCACGUCUGCUGCAGCCAAGCCAGGCGCCACCACCACCACGUCUGCUGCAGCCAAGCCAGGCGCCACCACCACGUCUGCUGCAGCCAAGCCAGGUGCCGCCACCACCACGUCUGCUGCAGCCAAACCAGGCACCACCACCACCAGCACAUCUGCUGCAGCCAAGCCAGGCACCUCCUUUGUUGAGACUAAAACAACCAGCGUUUCUGCUGCAGUUACAACAACCAGUUCUUCAGUUACAGCAAGCACUGUUACCGCUGAAGCAAAAUCAGGAACUCAGAGUGCUGAAAAGAAGACCACUCCAGAUAGUGAGAAAAAGGUGGAUGAUUCCAAGAUGCCUCCUAAAACUGUUUCACAGUCUGCACCUUUGUCUAGCAGUGCAACAUCGGCUUUGCCAUUUAAUAAAGAUUUCAAAGCAGAUGAUAAAGCUCCUGGUAAAAAUGCGAGAAGCACACCACUUGAUAGAAGAAAUGUUAAUACAUCCAGUUCGGAUAGAAAAGCACCCAACAUGGAGGAUAAAAGUCAAGAUGAGCCUUUUUAUGAAGGCAGAGGACGUGGAGCACCACUAAACAGAGAGGCUGUAGGUUUGCCAUUAGAGCAGGAAAGAGGGAUUCCUCCUCUGGAGAGGGAGAGGCUUGGCCCUGGGCCUGAGAGGGAGCGACUUGGCUCUCCAUUGGACAGAGAACGGUUUGGUCUUCCACUAGAAAGAGAACGUUUGGGCUUGUCUUUGGACCGGGAGAGACUUGGAUUUUCUGUUGAAAGAGGAGGGCAUGCCUUGGAUUUGGACAGGCUGGGAAUGCCAGAGAGGGAACGAGGAGGAAAAGUUCUGGACAGGGAAUGGGGUGCUCCUCCUUUCGACAGAGACCAUGGUGAUCUUUCCAGAGAGAGGGGGUGGACUGGUCCUCCCAUGGAUAGAGCCUUCCUUGCUAGAGGUACGGGUCCCUUUGACAGAGAGAGACUAGAAGAGUGGGGAGAAGAAAGAUUUCGUAAUGAUCCAGGUGUCCAGCCUUGGAAUGAGAGAGAUAAAUUUAGAAGAGAUGAAGGGCUUCCACUCAGGCUUCCCCCAGGACCACCACAUGAUCGUGAAUGGCAAGGGGAAAGACCUGGUGAAUUUGGACAAGAUUAUGGCAGAGACACUGACAGAUUUGGAAGGCCUUUCAAUUUCAAUGAUCGGAACUUUGAUCGAGAUUUUAACAGACCAAGAGACGAACGUGACUUGAUGGAUAGAGGAAGGGACUGUCCUCCCUUCCCACCUCGUGACCAGUUUCCUGAAGAUCGUUGGAGACGAGAAAGAGGGGAGUUCUGUGAGAGAGACUUUCGUGAAAGAGAUAAGAUGAGACUCCAUGAGUUUCCAGAGAGAGAGGAGUUGUGGAGGGGCCCAAGAGAUUUUUGUCCUGAGAGACUAGAUUGGGAGAGAGAGAACAUGCCUGGAAGAAGGUUCCCUCCAGAAUUUGAAGGUGGUGUUUCAGGACGUCAAGAGGGGCUGGAACCUUCAGGACCACACAAGCAGUCAUUAUUGCCUGAAAGAAAUGAACCUUUAGUUGAUGACCAUUCACUUGGUUUGGGUGGGAUGAUGGCACUUUCUCAAAGGCAGCAUGAAAUUAUCUUAAAGGCUGCUCAAGAAUUGAAACUGAUGCGAGAAAAGCAGGAGCAGUUUCACAAGGCGAACCAGUUUCGGGGAGAAGACAGGUUGAGUGAAGAUACUUCAGCAAAUGAUCCAUUCCAGCCUCCACCAGCGAAAAGAAGCCACCUUGAUGAAGGUGAGGGUUGGGACUGUGAUACAUUCCAAGGUCUGUGGGAUGCACCUGAAGUUGAUAAAGGUCCUGAUCGACAGUUUGGAAUGGGUCAGCCAUUACCACCACCUGGAGUGCAGAAAACUGUGGAUUACGGACAUGGCAGAGCUGGUUUAGGAAUGCGUAGAGACCCAUUUUUUGACCAGCGAAGUGAUUCGAAAGAUCGUCGAGAUUACGAGAGAGAGAGAGAUCGAGAUCGUGACAGGGAUCGAGAUCGGGAAAGGGAGAGAGAACGUGAGAGAGAGCGAGAUCGUGACAGAGAAAAAAGGGAACGAGACAGAUUUGAAAGGGAAAGAUAUCCCAAAGAUGACAGGAAACCUCCAAAUUUUAGAGAUGAUGAGGUACAUGGCCGUGAAACCUUUGACAGACCACCACCACCAUUUGAACACAAUAUGCCAGAUCGUCCAAACUUUGAACAAGGACCUCCUCCCCCAUUUGGAAGUGCAGGUGACAGGAGAGGUUUUGUUGAAAGAGGACCAGUCCCAGUUCCUACUGCUCCUCCAUUGCACCACCAGCCUCCGCCGCCACCUCCAAGGCCAGAGAAGAAACCAGAGAUGAAAAAUGUUGAUGACAUUCUGAAAAUUCCAGGCAGACAGGGCAGACCAGAAAGAAUUGUUGUCGUAAUGAGAGGUUUACCAGGCAGUGGGAAAACACAUGUGGCCAAACUUGUUAGGGAUAAAGAAGUGGAGUUUGGGGGACCAGCUCCUCGAGUCCUAAGUUUAGAUGAUUACUUCAUCACUGAAGUUGAAAAAGAGGAGAAAGAUCCUGAGAGUGGAAAGAAAAUUAAGAAAAAGGUGAUGGAGUAUGAAUACGAGUUUGACAUGGAAGAGACCUACCGUAGCAGUUUGUUUAAAACAUUUAAAAAGACUUUGGAUGAUGGUUUCUUUCCCUUUAUCAUUGUUGAUGCUAUAAAUGACAAGGUCCGUCACUUUGAGCAGUUCUGGAGUGCUGCUAAAACCAAGGGCUUUGAGGUGUACAUUGCAGAAAUGAGUGCAGACAACCAAACUUGUGCAAAGCGUAAUGUUCAUGGACGCAAGCUGAGAGACAUUAAUAAGUUGAGUAACAGUUGGGAGGCGACACCAAGACACAUGAUUCGGUUAGAUGUGAGAUCCCUGCUGCAGGAUGCUGCUAUUGAGGAGGUUGAAAUGGAAGACUUUGAUCCAAAUGCAGAACAACAAGUUAAAGAUGAACCUAAGAAAUCUACUGCAGAUGAAGAGGAGAGUGAACUGGGCCUUCCGAAAAGCAAAUGGGAGAUGGAUACUUCGGAAGCAAAACUAGAUAAAUUGGAUGGUAUAACUGUUGGUAGAAAGCGCAAACGGAAUUGGGAAGGCAUUUCCAAGAGUAUGGAAGAUUACCUUCAGCUUCCAGAUGACUACGAUUCCCGUUCCUCCCAACCAGGAAAGAAGAGGGUAAGGUGGGCAGACCUGGAAGAGACAAGAGAUGCAGAGCGAAAACGAGCAAUUGGAUUUGUAGUUGGGCAAACAGACUGGGAAAAGAUUACAGAUGAAAGUGGCCAGCUAGCAGCAAAAGCUCUAAAUCGUACCAAGUACAUUUGAUGUCUCUGAAUGACUAUGCUUAUUUACAUCAUCUUUUUGGGUGAUUGACAAAACUGUUGAAGAACAAGCAAAAACAAUUGCUUUGUGAAUUGUAUAGUUGAUAGCAAUUUGUUUUCUUCUUGCAGACCAGAGAAUUGUAGUUGAACCAGAAAUUUGUCACAAACACAUCACUGAGCCUAACAAAGAAAAUGUUAAUAGUUUUAAUCUUUUGAGUGUAAAUAUAUUGUAUAUAUGAUUGCUGUUAUUUGGGUUAAAGUAAGCCAGCACAUUCUGCAUUUGUUGUAGAUUGUUUUAAAUUUUGUUGCUUACAUGCCAUGUCUUAUGUUUAGUAUGUAUUUUUUUAUAUGUUGUAUGCGGCUUAUUGUACUGUAAGACACAAUAAUAAAUUUCAGUACCAGUCCCAAAUGUUUCAAGAGUGUGUCUGGCACGUGAAUCUACAGGAGAAGUAGACUUUUGCUUGGUCAGGAUAACAGCCUUUUAUUUCUUUGUAUCCAAGAGCUAAAUGUCAUUGAUGGCUGUAUGCAGAAGAUCAGAUCUCAUCUCAGUCAUGUACAUUCCUUUGUUUUCAUUUAUUUAAUCUUAAACGUUUGUAUAAUGAGAGAACAUGUUUAUUUAGUAUUAAAAACAAAAUAGAUGGCAAGAUUCCAAAAAACAUAA